AUGACCACGACCGUGAUGCAAAGAGCAAAUGCCACAGAAUUCGGACAUUCUGCUCCCCCAGAGGGUCCCCAUACCAUCACAACGCAUCUUCCCGGAUGGAAAUCGGCCGAAGGUCUGCUCAAAGGAGAUGUGGCCAUAUUGCAAAGAAUCCGGAGCAUAUACCCACGCUUUGGGCCGUUUGGCGUCGUUGCACAACUGUCCAUGGCCGUCCACAAAAAGCUGGGCCUCCAAGAAUCUCAGGCUUGCUUCAUUUGGGCGUGCUCCGAUGCCUUGGAAAAGACCAGGCUGCACGCCUGCUCCUCUUUCCGGGACGACAAGGACAGGGUCAAGAACACUUCCGAGAUCUACGAGACGGUCGUUCGUGUCAAACUAGGCUCAGACACGUUCAAACUUUACGUCAUCCUCGGCCCGGCUGCAAACCGCAAAGCUAUGGUGUUCUCGUGGCAGCUGGUCGGUUCGGGAGCGUCGACGAGGCUCGCCGAGGCGCUGCUUCCCGAGAUAGAGACUUCGUUGGAGGUGGUCGGCGCCGGGGGUGAGGAGGAUUUGCUGCUGCCCGAGGGCCUACCCGAAGACCACUCGCACGUUGCCCUCCGUCGACGCAUUCUGGAUUUGCUGCAGCGCUCCCCCAUCGACGCGGCACGCGCGGCGCAGCUCAGGCCUGACGACAUCUACCUUUACCCCAGCGGCAUGACGGCCAUUGUACGCAACCACGAGGCCCUGGUGGCUUACCGCCCCGGCAAGGUCCUCUGCCUCGGCGCCGUGUUUAAACACACCUGGAUACAGUUCACUGAGAGUGGAUGUGACGGCAUGAAGCACUUUGGCGCCUGCCAGGACGACGAUUUCCUCUAUCAGGUUGGCGAGUGGCUCGAGGUCGAGUAUCGGGAGGGGAGGCAGGUUAGCUACUGCUUCCUCGAGUUUCCGUCGAAUCCUAUCCUCGUCUCGGCCGAUCUCAAAAGCCUUCGUAAGCUUGCCGACAAGUACGGCUUCCCCCUCGUGGUAGACGACACGGUCGGCUCCUUUGCCAACAUCGACCUCCUCCCCGUGGCCGACGUCAUCGUAACGUCCCUGACCAAGUCCUUCAGCGGCUACGCCGACGUGCUGGGCGGCUCCGUGGUUCUGAACCCGUCGAUGCCGCAGCACCACGGAGCACUGUCCAGGACGCUGGCCUCGCAGCACCGCAACGAGCUCUUCGCCGCCGACGCCGCGACCCUCGUGUCCAACAACGCCGACUACCUCGCCCGCAGCACCACGCUGAAUCGCAACGCCGCCGCGCUGGCCGGCGCCCUGGCGCGCGCCACGGACGUCGUCACGGCCGUCAACCACGUCCGCCACGGCCGUACCUGUGCAAACUACGCCGCGUUCAAGCGGCCCGCGACGCCCGAGUUUGCGCCCGGCGACACGUGUCUGCUCAGCGUCGACUUUGCCGACCUCGACACGGCCGCCGCCUUCUUAGACGGCUGCGACUUCUUCCACAGCGGCCACCUCGGCGCUCACAGGACCCUCGCCGUGGCCUUUAGCUACAUGAUCUACCACAGCGCCGGCGAGGACGAGGGCAGGUACCACGCCGCGUACGGCUGUCGCGCCGCCCAGGUGCGCCUCAGCGCUGGGCUGGAGGACGAGGCUGAGCUGCUGGCCAUUGUCGAGGACGCCCUGGCCAGGACGAGGGCUGCCGUGGCGGCUGCGGCCGCGGGGAAGAAGGGCGUUGAGGUGCCGGGCAGCGGUGCGGCCUGA